AUGAAAAGAGAAGAUCAAUUAAUUCAAGAAAUAAAGAAUUUAAACAAAACAAUUGAAGAUCAAAAGAUCAAGAUAAGUGAGAUGAAUAUAAAUCAGUUACAAAAAAAUGAAGAGAUUAAUGAUUUAAAUACUAAAUUAAAUUUACUAAUGCGUGAAAACAUUGAACUAAAAAAAUUUAAAAGUUUAUCUGAAAAUAAACUUCAAUCACAGAAACGGAGAUUUGAAGUUGAAUUAAGAAAAAAAGAUGUGUUUAUUCAUGAAUUUAAAUCAGGAUCGACACAAGAUAAAAAACAAAUUCUUAAUGAUCAUCUAAAUUAUUAUAAAACUCAAAAUAGUAUUUUAAUGAGAUUUGUUGAUCUGUUAAGUAAACAGGUGACAUAUAGAUUGUGA